AUGAGAAUUCUUGUUGGAGUUAAACGAGUAAUUGAUUUUGCUGUGAAAGUUCGUGUAAAAAAAGAUGGAACUGGAGUUGUAAAGGAUGGGGUUAAUCACUCAAUGAAUCCUUUUUGUGAAAUCGCUUUGGAGGAAGCGGUCCAAAUAAAAGAACGAAAGGAAAAGGCUGGAAAAGGACCUGUAGAAGAAACUCUAAGAACAGCACUUGCCAAAGGUGCUGAUAAAGCAAUUCAUUUGGAGGUGGACACUGCUUUUGAGGAAAAACUUGAACCAAUUCAUGUUGCCCGUGCAAUUAGCAAAUUGGUAGAAACUGAUAAAUAUGAUAUGAUAAUUCUUGGAAAACAAGCUAUUGAUGAUGAUGCUAACCAAACUGUAGAGGAAGAAGAUGGUGGGACUCAUUUAAAAGUAACACGUGAAAUCGAUGGAGGUUUGGAUAUUGUACGGGUUAAAUUACCAGCUUUGGUCACAGCUGAUUUACGUCUUAAUACACCUCGUUAUUCAACUCUACCAAAUAUAAUGAAAGCUAAAAAGAAGCCUCUAGAAAAGAAAGCACUUAAAGAUUUGGGAAUUGAUUUGUCUUUACAAACAGAAAUUUUGGAGGUAACAGAGCCACCAGCUCGUCAAGCAGGAGGGUUUGUUGAUGAUGUCCCUUCACUUGUGAAAAGUCUUAGGGAGAAGGGAGUUAUUUAA